AUGCAUAUUUUUCAGAAUAUUUUACAUUGUCCAUCUAUCAUAAGUUUGUCGAUCAAUGACUGUCAUCUAUUACAAUGCCUACAACUAUGUGCUUGUACUCCUAAUCUAAUUAAACUCAAAAUUCGAAAUGUCUUGGAAAACUCUCAUAAUUCACUUCAUUCUUCUCUAACAACUCACAUCUCUCAAACUACACGAUUAGUUGAAUUACAUAUUAUUCCUGAUAGAGGUAAUUCGAUGAAUAUCAAUUUUAUUAAAGAUAUAAUCAAUUGUUAUAAAUCAUCUCUUGAACAAUUAACAUUUAAUAUCCAUAGUUAUCGACGAAUAAUUGAUGGUGAGCUUUUACAAACAUUAAUUCAACCAUGUCAACAUCUAAACAAAUUAGCUUUUGUCUUUCAAUAUCAAGAUACAGAGGAUAAUGUUAUCAAACAAAUACAACAAUUUCAAAGUACUUGGUGGCUUGAUAAUCGCCGACCACCUGUACUCAUUCUACGUAAUAAUGACGGUUGCAUCUUACUCAGUUCGAUGCCGUUUGAUGAACACAAGACUAGUAGAGGCAAUGUUGCCCAACGUGAAGUAUUUACAUCUUAA